AUGGAAGGGAAGAGAAACGUGCGCAUCUGCUGUUUAUGCAACGAAAGAAGAGCUUCUCUCAAAAGACCCAAAACCCUUCAACAGAUUUGCACUCAAUGUUUCUAUCUCGCCUUCGAAAACGAAAUUCACCAAAUCAUCCUCUCCAACCGUCUCUUCACCCGCGGCGACCGCGUCGCUAUCGGCGCUUCCGGCGGUAAAGACUCCACCGUCCUCGCCUACGUUUUAUCCAAACUCAACCGCGACCGCGAUUACGGCCUCCAUCUCUUCCUCCUCUCCGUCGACGAAGGCAUCACCGGCUACCGCGACGAUUCUCUCGAAACCGUUCAUCGAAACCAGAUUCAGUAUGGAUUGCCUCUCAAAGUUGUGUCCUACAAGGAUUUGUACGGCUGGACGAUGGACGAGAUUGUUAAACUGAUCGGUUUGAAGAACAAUUGCACCUUCUGCGGCGUAUUCCGUCGCCAGGCGCUUGAUCGGGGAGCGGCUUUCCUGAAGGUGGAUAAACUGGUCACAGGACACAACGCCGAUGAUAUUGCCGAGACGAUUCUGUUGAACAUAUUGAGAGGUGAUAUAGCUAGAUUGAGUAGAUGUAGUUCAAUUGUGACUGGGGAAGAUGGACCAAUCCCUAGAUGUAAACCUUUCAAGUAUACUUAUGAAAAAGAGAUUGUUAUGUAUGCUUAUUUCAAGAAGCUUGAUUACUUUUCAACUGAAUGUAUUUAUUCUCCAAAUGCUUAUCGUGGUUUUGCUCGCGAGUUCAUCAAGGAUUUGGAGAGAAUCAGACCCAGGGCCAUUCUCGACAUCAUCAAAUCCGGAGAGAAUUUCAGGAUUUCUACCACUACUAAAAUGCCGGAGCAGGGUACGUGUGAACGAUGUGGUUAUAUUUCAAGUCAGAAGUGGUGUAAAGCUUGUGUUCUGCUUGAUGGAUUGAACCGAGGUUUGCCUAAAUUGGGAAUUGGACGGAGUCGGGUUGAAGUUGGUUGCAAGGAAGAAAAUGAAAGCCAUGGAAGAAAGAGCAUUGAGAGCAAACAAUGUGGAUCUUUAGACUUCUGA